AUGGUGAGUUCGGUCCAGUUGACAAGCUGCGACUUGCUUAGAACGUUUAGAUUCUGUGCUAAUAAUCUGAUUUUCCAUACUCUAACUUUUUGGGGAGGGGGGGGGGGGGGAAUUCAGACUAAUCAUACAACAUCAUACGUCUUCUUGACCUCUGUCACGGGUAUGAACAGAGGUUCGAAUACUCCCUCAAGUUAUGCAGCUGCUAUUACUUUGCCUGGCCAACUUCUCACAAACCUCCGGGACCCACUGGUGGAAAAGAUAGUCGUUAAGGUCUUCCAUGUUGCUGUUCCUGGCUGCUCAUACAAAUGGGAGUAUUUAGGAAGGUGGCUGCAAAUAGAUCCCGAUGAUUGUACGAAUACUGGUCAAGCAGAGUAUGGAUGUUAUGGCCCCAAAUAUGAGCAAUAUAUCAAUCGUCCGGAAAUAGAGAAUAGAUUGUCAUUAUCGUAUAUAUCAGAUGCUCUUUUCUCAGGCAUUCAUCUCUCAAUUGAUCAGCAUGAGCUUAUGGGAUAG